CGUCGUCUCACCGUGAAACGAUCUGGACCGGUCGUGUAUUAGGCUUCCCCUCUCAUUUUGAACAAAACGUCUGCUCAAAACCUCACAGACAUAGUUAAACGAAAACGCCUUCACUCACCCUAAGUCAUCAAGCGGAGAAAAUCCACUGCUUUAACUAGAAGGUCGAGUUAGAGCUUCUUGAUUGUUGAUAUCAAUUCGCCCGACAAUCAAAAGGGUUUCAAUUUCUUCAUAAAUCAUGGAACCUUCAAAUGAAGAACCUAUUGUCUUUCUUGAUCGUACUUCUCGAGCUACUCGAGGAAAAAGAAUGAAUAAAUUUCUUGAUGAAGAGAUUGAAGAAGAUGAAGCCUUUUGGAAUCAAGAUGCUCUUCAAGAUGAAGAGAAUGACAAUGAAUAUGAAGCAGAGCCAGAGAUUGCGGACGAGUUUGAUAGCGAUUUUGACGAAGACGAGCCAGAACCCGAUGAUGGAGCAGAGAACGAGUUGGAUGCAAAGGAGAAAAGGCCGAAGAAGCGACUAAUAUAUCCAGGGAAGCAACUACCUAAGAAGAAAAAGAAGGGUCUUUCAAAAUUGGAAGAAUCUUUAAAGGAUGAAAAGACGGAUGAUUCAAAGAUUGUGGACACUCCAGAUGAAGACAAGCUUUCCGAACAAGCCACCACCCCAGAUAAUAAUGAGGAUGCUGACGAAGGUGAAGGAGAGAAAAGUGUUAGGAAAUCUACUCGAACGGCUGUUAUAGUAAGGCAAGCUGAAAGAGAAGCAAUCCGCGCUGCAAUGCAGGCUACAAUGAAGCCUAUAAAAAGGAAAAAAGAAGGUGAAGAGAAGCGAAUGACUCAGGAAGAAAUGCUAUUGGAAGCUGCUCAGACAGAAAUCAUGAACUUGAGGAACUUGGAGCGUGUUUUAGCUAGGGAAGAGGAAGUUAAGAAAAGAGCCAUUGUGCAUAAAGAAAUUUUUACCGGCCCACAAAUUCGAUAUUCAUCCAAGGAUGGUAAGUCAUAUAUUGAAUUCAGAAAUGGUGCGUCCUUUGAGACAGAGAUCUCUACAAAAUCAGUUCCGUAUCCUCAACAAGCUAUGUGUGUGAUCACUGGACUCCCUGCAAAGUAUCAAGAUCCAAAGACGGGGCUGCCAUAUGCAACGAAAGAAGCUUUUCAAUUAAUACGAGAGCGUUAUGCUGCUGAAAAUAGCCGCACUGAAAGUAAGAUAUAUAGUGGGGACAUAUAUGACUCAGUUAGUGGGCAAGGAUUCUUAUGCAAGAGGAAGAGAUCGUUUAUCCCACGUCAAACUGAACAAUCAUAUACUCGAGCCUCGAGACGGUAUCGCCAAAUAUUACAUUUUGAUAAUCUUGUUUCAGAUUAGCUGCUACUGGACAUAGGGAAGAUUGAGCAGGAAAAGUCGCUUCUUGUUGCCACAAAUUGUGCUUAACGUCAAACUUAGGUAAUCGUCCUGUGGAGCAAAGGCUACAGAAGCUACAUUGAUUCAGAAAUGUUGCUGCUAACCUUUAGUCUUGUCAACCAUCAAGUCGCCAGUCGGUGAAGGAACUUGUGUUACGGUUUUUGGCAGUCAUUUCAUUGAAUGUAUCAGGUGAAAACGCCACCAGAGUACCAUUUCAUUCCUAAGGCCAACAGCUAACGUUUCUCCGUAAUUUACAAUCGAAUCCCCCUGGGUGUAUAGUAAAAUAUUUGUGUAUCAUUGUAUACUAGGGUUUUUGAUCUAUUAACUUUUAUUAAUGUGAAAAUCUUAAAAAUUUGUACCCUUAAUCUUAAUAUUCGUCUAAA